UCCAACUAGGAUUCUUCAUGUCAUAUAUAUAAAUAUAUCCAUAAAACAUAAUGUAUAUUACUCAUUCAUGCAGAAACACCACUACAUGUGAACAAUUUGGAUUCAAAUCAAGAACGAGAAACUAAAGAGUCUGAAUUCUUCUCCAUGGCUGAGACUGCACAAGAUUUUGAUUUUGAUGAUGAAUGUGUCAUCAAACAAGUAGACGUAACCGUGCCGAAAACCGAUGAUCCUACAAUGCCAGUAUACACAUUUAGAGUGUGGCUGCUGGGAAUCACAGCCUGCAUGUUGCUAUCUUUUGUGAACCAGUUCUUCUGGUACAGAAGUGAGCCCCUGAUCAUCAGUUCCAUCUCCAUGCAGAUUGCGGUGGUGCCAAUAGGCCACUUGAUGGCGCGAAUGGUAACAAAACGAUCCUUCUUGAAGGGGACGAUGUUAGAGUUCACGUUGAAUCCCGGGCCGUUCAAUAUCAAGGAGCAUGUCAUGAUAACUAUGCUUGCCAAUGCUGGUGCUGGAACUGUUUAUGCUACUCAUAUUUUGAGUGCUGUCAAGCUUUACUAUAAGAAGAGCUUUGGUUUUGUUCCUGCCUUCAUUGUCAUGUUGACAACACAGUUGUUAGGAUACGGGUGGGCUGGAAUUUUUCGUAAAUAUUUGGUUGAACCAGGAGAGAUGUGGUGGCCUAGUAACUUGGUUCAAGUCUCACUAUUCAGGGCCUUACAUGAGAAGGAGAAGAGACCUAAAGGAGGAACGAGCCGAACGCAGUUUUUCCUCAUAGCCUUAGCUUGUAGCUUUGCUUACUACAUCAUUCCUGGUUACUUCUUUGUAAUGUUGACAUCAAUUUCUUGGAUUUGUUGGAUUAACCCAAAAUCUGUCCUAGUCAACCAAGUUGGCUCUGGCUUAAACGGCUUAGGAAUCGGAGCCUUAGGAUUUGAUUGGUCGACAAUUUCAGCAUACCUCGGGAGCCCUCUUGCAAGUCCAUGGUUUGCUUCUGCCAAUGUUGCCGCAGGUUUUGUCCUGGUUAUGUAUGUGCUUACACCAGUAGGUUACUGGUUUAACCUCUACAACGCCAAGAACUUUCCUAUAUAUUCGGCAAACCUUUUCCAGUUUGAUGGUUCAAAGUACAACACAACUGCUAUCAUCAAUUCCCACUUCAAUCUUGAUAAGGCAGCUUAUGCAAAAGCCGGCCCGUUGUACCUCAGCACCAUGUUUGCCUUGACUUAUGGUCUUGGAUUUGCUACUCUUUCUGCAACUCUGGUUCAUGUGUUGCUCUUCAAUGGAAGGGAUUUAUGGAAGCAAACGAAAACGGCGUUUAAAGGAAACAAGAAAAUGGAUGUGCACACAAGGCUUAUGAAGGCAUACAAACAGGUUCCAAUGUGGUGGUUUCUAGCUAUCCUCGUUGUUAACAUUGCCGUUGUCCUAUUUGCUUGUGCAAAAUACGGAAGCUCGCUUCAAUUGCCGUGGUGGGGUGUUUUGCUUGCUUGUGCAGUUGCGUUCAUUUACACGCUUCCUAUUGGCAUCAUAGUUGCUACUACAAACCAGCAACCAGGUUUAAACGUUAUCACAGAGUACAUAAUAGGAUAUGCUUAUCCUGGCCGUCCGGUGGCCAACAUGUGCUUCAAGGUGUAUGGAUACAUAAGCAUGGUACAAGCUCUAACUUUCAUAGCAGAUUUCAAACUUGGCCACUACAUGAAAAUCCCACCAAGAGCAAUGUUCAGUGUUCAGUUAGUGGGAACUGUUAUUUCAGUAAUCAUAUACACCACAACCGCGUGGUGGCUAAUGGCAACCAUCCCAAACCUCUGUGACACAUCCUUGUUACCGGACGAUAGCCCCUGGACUUGCCCGAUGGAUCAUGUUUUCUACGACGCUUCUGUCAUAUGGGGCCUUGUUGGUCCACAGAGGAUCUUCGGUAACCUUGGCAUUUACCCUGCUAUCAACUGGUUCUUUCUUGGUGGAGCCAUUGCACCUUUGCUAGUUUGGCUGGCAGCAAAGGCAUUCCCAAACCAGAAAUGGAUAGGCCUAAUUCACAUGCCAGUUUUGCUGGGCUCCACGGCCAUGAUGCCCCCGGCAACUGCAGUAAACUACACAAGUUGGGUUCUUGUUGCGUUUCUUUUCGGCUUUGUCCUGUAUAGAAACCAGCCCCAGUGGUGGCAACGGUAUAACUACGUAUUGUCCGGUGGGUUAGAUGCUGGGACGGCCUUUGUUACGGUGCUGAUGUUCUUCGCUUUGCAGUCGAAAGGCAUCAGUGUCCAAUGGUGGGGAAACAACCUGGAUGGAUGCCCAUUGGCUGCUUGUCCUACUGCAAAGGGGAUAACAGCUCAAGGAUGUCCUGUUAACUAGUGCAGCAAUCGGUAACUUUAGAUCUUAGAAUCAGUUUUCUAGAAAAUAUUGGUCCGUAGUUUCUACUAACAUACGUUGUUUACUAAAACAUCUGAACAUGUUAAUUUCUGUCUUGAGUCUUGAUGUGAAUAUGGCAAAGUAAGUUUCAACAUUCAUGGUCUUGAUGAAGACAAAAUCCCACAUCAUGAAUUUCCACAAAAUCCAUUCGUUUGUUCUCAUUCCACAAAACGUCUGUCUUCGUAGGUUUGGACCAUUUCAACCAAGAAAAGAACAAACAAGUCAGUUUAAAGUAAGUUAUGCUUUCCACCCUUUGAAUAUCAAACAAGUGGAAGAAGCACAUCAAUUCAUGGUUGCACAUCAUACUUAAAACUAUUUCUUCUGUUUUCUGCACAUAAUUUUGGUCAUUUUUAAUACUAUUACACAUAAUACAAACCAAAUUAUUAAUAUUUCUACUAAGUAACGACCAAUUCGUCUACGACUAACUCGACGAUCGUGUUGUGACUGGAAUAUUAUGCUUGUGAAAUUCUUGCGCGCAAAAGGACACAAACCCCAUCCACAAAAUAGUCAAGGCAGCCGCUGAUCCUCCAGAAUGACUUUUCACAUGAAUAACAAAAUGGAAAAUUCUAACUCAAACCGAUUUGAACAAACAUGAACCAAUUAUAUACUUAUCGUAUCAUUUGUGUAACGAACUCUCAAAUGGCAUUCACUAAUUAUUAAAUCAAGAAAAACAUUAACAUUGCUAGCAGAGAAGUUGCUAAAACAAUCACACGACUCUCUAAAUUCACAAACCAACACCAAAUAUAUAUAUAUAUAUAUAUAUAUAACAAGAACAUUAGGAUACUACAUAUGUAUGGAUUGACAGCCCUCCAAAUCUCUACUUUCUUUGAAUCCUAGAACUGUUGAAUAAUAUGAAAGAAAAUUAAACUCAU